GUGUCAUGCGACAGGGCAUGGGUCCGUUUGGUCACUGGACCGAUGACCUGCAGUGGCCAGGGAGCCCUGUACCUUUAUUUUCCCAGGUGCAGAACUUCCUUGACAGCUGGUGAGGUGAGCUGAAGCUAUGAGCUGACGGCGGGACAAGGAACUGUCAAACUGUAAACUUUGUCUUUGUCAGCCAAAAGCACAUCAGCAGGCGACCAGACGAACACAUCCGACGACAACAUACCUUGCAGCUGUCACUAAGCUGCGUCUCGCAGACGUAGGGAUCACUGUAGUGGUACUAUCGAAGCUCAAGGCGUAGCAGAUUGCCGAAGGACGGCCAGGAGAAGUCUCAACCACCAGCUCACCGAGUAUUCGUUACCACCUCAGUCGAGACUCAAAAAUGGCCAAAAAGGGGACCAAGGAAAAGAGGGCGAAGGACCCCAAAGGCAUUCCCCUUGCCCAGCCUGAUCGGUCGGCUCCCAGCGAAGCCACCUUGCUGCAGAUGGCUCAGGACAGAGGUCUUUUCAAACAGGCCGACAAAGACCCGAGAAAUAAGAAUUUGCCCAAGGGUGCCGUCCGAAUUGACAGGCCGGGUGCCGAGGAUAGUGACGAUGAGGAGGACGACGGAGAGGUCUUGUUGUCUCCCUUGAUGGAUCGUAUCAUGGACACACUGCUCUGGACCGUAAGUCUUGCCAUUGUACACGGCACCUUUGACGUGCUCGUCCAGAACCAGUACGCCAAGGAGAUCGAGUGGCCCAACGUUGUCAGCCGUACGCUCAUUGCGUUAAUGGUGCUCUUCUUCCUUUUUUACAAUCUUCAUGCUUUCCCAUCUAGCCCAAACCUUGUCCCGGGACUGCCGGCUCGUUACCAGCAUCCCAUUCGACAGGCUAUCUUCUUCGUGGCCGGAGUGUGGGCUGGAUGCCAUCUGAUCUACAUUACCAACAAGUUCAGUUAUCUGUACAUCAUGAAGCAGGCGCCGACUUUGGGGUGUGUGUGGAUUUGGUCGAUUCUAGAGCUUGACCUCCCUGUGGCCGUGGCCAGUCUGGCAGUGGCAGGUGCUUAUUUGCUGCAAGGAGGGUACGCCAUUAAAUAGGCGGUACGCGACUUGUUAUUUGGACCUCGACCGCUUGGUGGGCUGCGAACUGGCACGCCGGCGGUGCCCUCGAUUCGUCAGCUCGCUUGGAAGCUGUCGCGAGGGACUGGAUAAUCGGCGCGACUUAAGAGGAUCGGUCAUGGACGAAUUGGGACCGUGGCUGAGCCGACUCCGAUGCAUCAA